GCCGCGCGAGGGGAUUCUACAAGCCUACAAGGUUUGUCUCUUACCGUCAAGUGCUCUGCGAUUGUCUUUCCCUUCGCAAACGAUGGCGACCAUGGCGAGUCCGCCAGUCGACCAGAUGGCCUUACAGAGCCUACAACAUCCCUUCGUUUCUCACUUGAUUGCCCUUCUUUCUGUCUACGAACUCGGUCCAAGCUCGGCUCCAGUCCCCAAAUAUGAAGGUCCAUCAGAUUGGCAGACCCAGAGCAUUUUGCGCUCUCUUGGAGCCAUGGCUAGACCAGGCCCUGAUACCAAGAAGCGGCGGAGCGUAGGCGAUAGUCCCCCCGUCUCAAGCCCCGCCUCAACGUCUUCAGCAGAGUUCACCAACGCCGUCCCUAGUAGUGAGGCCUCGCAAUCUCCCUUCUUUUCUCCUUCCAGCUCGUUCGACAGUAUCGCAAGUGUGUACAACGACCUAAGGACCUCCAAGGACGAUGUCGACAUGGCCGAUAGCUCAACUGCUGAUUCCGAGUCCACGCCUUCGGCACCUGCUCAGCGCACCUCUGCCAUGAAUGGCAGCUGCUCCACACCCAUGACAAUCUCCCUCGAGGGUGUCUCCAACCCACUCGAGAGGACUAAGAUUGCCCACAACGGCGAGCACCAUCUUGGUUGCCCCAACUGCGGUCACUCCUUCAACUUCAACACGGCAACGGCAACGGUAGAAUCAAUCACUGGCGAACCUAUGAGCUCCCCUCUCGUCGUUCCCCCCGGUCCCCUUACAGCGGCUGCAUACGAAAGUGGCAUGAGCGCCGUUGAGGAACUCAAAUUACUUAAGGCUCAGGUUCAGGACGUCGCGCGUGUCUGCAAUGCUGUCGCUCGCGGCGAUUUGUCUCAGAAAAUUACGGUCCCCGUCCAGGGUGUGGUUAUGGUACAACUUAAGGAGGUUAUCAAUGCCAUGGUGGACAGACUCGGUCGAUUCGCAAAGGAAGUUACUCGUGUCUCUCAGGAAGUCGGAACGGAAGGGAAACUCGGCGGUCAAGCCUUCGUGCUGGACGUCGAGGGAACCUGGCGCGAACUCACUGCCGUCGUCAACAACCUCGCCGCUAAUCUUACUAACCAGGUCCGGUCUAUCGCAAAGGUCACAAAGGCUGUCGCUGUCGGCGAUCUCUCACAACAGAUCGAUGUUGACGCACAAGGUGAAAUACUCGAACUCAAGGAGACAGUCAACAACAUGGUGGUUAGAUUACGGACAUUAGCAGCAGAAGUAACUCGUGUAACACUAGAAGUCGGAUCUGAAGGUAAACUGGGAGGACAAGCAAACGUGCCGGAUGUAGAAGGGGUUUGGUUAGAACUUACACGGAAUGUCAAUCGGAUGUGUUCAAGUCUUACAGAUCAAGUGCGGUCCAUAGCAAAUGUCACAACGGCCGUAGCCAAGGGAGAUCUUACACAGAAGAUUGAAAUCGAAGUAGAGGGUGAGAUGCUUACCCUCAAGCGGACGGUCAAUUCCAUGGUGGAUCAACUUAGUGCCUUCGCAUCUGAGGUGACACGAGUCGCACUCGAGGUCGGAACUCAAGGUGUCUUGGGUGGUCAAGCCACUGUUGAGGGUGUGCAGGGCACAUGGGCUGACCUUACCCGUAACGUCAACAAAAUGGCAAGCAACCUCACCGAUCAAGUGCGAUCUAUUUCUGAGGUCACGAAGGCCGUCGCCAACGGUGACCUCUCGCGUACCGUGGAUGUCGACGUCCAGGGUGAAAUGCUUGAGCUUAAGACUACUGUCAAUCAGAUGGUGUCUCGUCUAUCUACGCUCGCUGGCGAGGUGACCCGCGUCUCCCUCGAAGUCGGUACUGAGGGUAAGAUGGGUGGUCAGGCAAAUGUGCCGAACGUGCAGGGCAUGUGGAAGGUUCUCGCUGAUAACGUCAACUUAAUGGCUAUGAACCUCACGAACCAAGUGCGUUCGAUUGCCGAGGUUACCAAAGCCGUCGCUAGUGGCGAUCUCACUAAGCGCAUCACGGUCGAUGUGCGCGGUGAGAUGUUAGACCUCAAGGAGACCGUAAAUAGCAUGACAGCCAGUCUGAGCGUUUUCGCCGACGAAGUCACCAGAGUGGCAAAGGAAGUCGGGACUGAUGGUAAACUUGGUGGCCAAGCUCGUGUUACAAACGUCAGCGGGACGUGGAAGGACCUUACCGAUAAUGUGAACGUCAUGGCUGCUAACCUAACAUUACAAGUGCGGACCAUCGCCGCUGCAACUACGGCUGUUGCUCGAGGUGACCUGACGCAGAAGGUGGUUGGCGUCAGCGUUUCCGGAGAGAUGUUAGACCUCGUCAAUACAAUCAAUCGCAUGAUUGACCAACUGGCUACGUUUGCUGCGGAGGUCAAGAAGGUCGCUCGAGAAGUCGGUACCGAAGGCAAAUUAGGUGGUCAAGCCGAGGUUGGCAAUGUCGAAGGAAUAUGGCAAGAAAUCACGAUGUCUGUCAAUACAAUGGCCAGUAAUCUUACGACUCAAGUGCGAGGUUUCGCCCAGAUCUCAGCAGCGGCCAUGGACGGUGACUUCAGUCGAUUCAUCACCGUCGAAGCCAGUGGUGAGAUGGAUUCUCUGAAGACGCAGAUCAACCAGAUGGUAUUCAACCUGCGCGACAGUAUUCAGAAGAAUACCGCUGCGAGGGAAGCCGCUGAGCUGGCUAACCGCAGUAAGUCAGAGUUCCUAGCCAACAUGUCCCACGAAAUCCGAACGCCAAUGAACGGUAUCAUCGGUAUGACCGAGCUUACCCUCGACAGUGACCUCAGUCGGAACCAACGCGAGAACCUCCUCUUGGUCCACAGCCUUGCCCGCUCAUUAUUACUUAUUAUUGAUGAUAUUCUGGAUAUCUCUAAGAUUGAGGCUGGUCGUAUGACAAUGGAGCAAGUAUCCUACUCGCUACGCCAGACUGUCUUCGGCAUCCUCAAGACUCUCGUCGUGAGAGCUUCGCAAAAUCAGCUUGAGCUGACCUACGACAUCGAUCCCGAUAUACCUGACCAGCUUAUCGGAGACUCGCUCCGUCUGCGACAGGUCAUCACCAAUCUUGUUGGUAAUGCUAUCAAGUUCACGCCUUCGAAGGAGGAGAAGAAGGGUCACGUAGCCCUGAGUUGCCGACUCGUGUCGUACGGCGAACGAGGCGUAACGAUCGAGUUCUGUGUCCUCGACACUGGUAUCGGUAUCGCCAAGGACAAAUUGAGCAUGAUUUUCGACACUUUCUGCCAAGCGGACGGGUCCACCACCAGGGAGUACGGUGGUACCGGCCUUGGUCUCUCCAUCUCGAAACGACUCGUCAACCUCAUGCACGGCACGAUGUGGGUUGAGUCCGAGCUUGAUGUCGGCUCCAAAUUCUUCUUCACCAUCACCUCGCAAGUCAGUCCAAUGACUAUGGACAACACGCUGCUCAAGAUGCAGCCCUUCGCGAAACGUCAAAUUCUUUUCGUUGAUACCCUUUACGACCGAACGGGCGUCGCUCAGAGAAUAGCGGAGCUUGGCCUCAAGGCUAAUCUGAUCCAUGACGUCUCUGAGGUGUCUGAAAAGGCAUCAUGUCCCCACGUUGAUACCAUUCUAGUGGAUUCAUUCGAAACGGCUCAACAGCUUCGAGAGUUCGAACAUCUCCGAUAUAUACCCAUCGUGCUCAUCACGCCGCCCAAUACCCCACGUCUCAACCGUAAGGAUAUGCCUCGUUACCAACAAGGAUCCUGUACUCAACUUCUCGAUACAGUGAAAUGGUGCCUCGACAACAGCAUAUCAUCACAGAUCACCACGCCUCUGGAUGCCCCGUCGUUAGCGUCUGCUCUGGUCACGGCACUGGAGUCCAGCGCUACACCCCACGUUCCUGUAGAAGAAGACCAACCGUUCGAUAUCCUUCUUGCCGAAGAUAACCUCGUUAAUCAGAAGUUGGCCGUUAAGAUCCUGGAGAAGUACGGUCACAAGGUUGACAUUGCCGAGAACGGUCUCGUCGCCGUCGACAUGUUCAAGGCUCGAGCCCAACACAAUAGACCGUUCGAUAUCAUCCUUAUGGAUGUUUCCAUGCCUUACAUGGGUGGCCGUGAAGCCACUCAGGUUAUUCGACAGUUCGAGAGGCAGCAUAACCUGGAUCCUGUCCCCAUCAUUGCGCUGACCGCUCAUGCCAUGAUCGGUGACAAGGAGCGAUCACUACAAUGUGGCAUGGAUGACCACAUUACAAAGCCUUUGCGACGAAAUGACCUCAUAAACACCAUCGGCAAGCUCGGCGCUGAGCGCAAGGCCCAUCUGAUGCGAAGCCGGUGGCAGCACAGAGCACCUGUGUAUCGGUAGCAUAUAUACGCCGGGUGUGGUGAGUUUGUAGUCGUUCGAGGAUCUCUUUUCUAUCUUGUUAUCAUAGCAUCAUUCUCGCUGUAUAUCUCCAAGUCCCUCUGUACUUCUAGUCUCCUCUCCAUCUCAUGCAGUUUUUCGUCGUUCGGAGUCAUUCUUUUCUUUUCACCUCCAGCUGUAUCCAACUCAACUUAAUCCACCUUCCUUAUCCAUGAGAAACGGAAUCAUUGCUGACGGAAGUACGCAUGUCUAUGGAUCAUGCAGUCUGAGCAGUUGUGUUGGAUUGACCGUUUUUGUUACGGGGGAAUUAC